GUCACUAACACACUAACUAUCUCUCUAUCUUUCUUUUUUCUUAAUUGGCAGAGAAACAGUUACUCACACAAAGCGCAAUGGCCAGCGGAAGCGGCGAUGCCACUUCUGCUUCUGCGUCUUCUUCCUUCUCCAGUUUUAGCGCGUAUCUACACGCGCUCUCUCACACUCCUUCUCGCCUUGCUACCCGUGCCGUCUCAGUCUCCACCUCAUACGAUGAGAUGACCCGCCUCCGCGCCCGAUCCGGCUCCCACAUGCGCCGCACUCUCCGCUGGUACGACCUCGUCGCCCUCGGCGUCGGCGGCAUGGUUGGCGCCGGCGUCUUCGUCACCACCGGACGCGCCGCUCACCUCUACGCUGGUCCCGCCGUUGUCCUCUCCUACGCAAUUGCAGGCCUCUGCGCUCUUCUCUCCGCCUUCUGCUACACAGAGUUCGCCGUCGACAUGCCAGUGGCCGGCGGCGCCUUCAGCUACCUCCGCGUGACCUUCGGUGAAUUCGCGGCGUUCCUGACUGGAGCGAACCUCGUGAUGGACUACGUGAUGUCGAAUGCGGCCGUUGCGAGAGGUUUCACGUCUUACCUCGGCACCGCAAUCGGCAUCUCCUCCAGCAAGUGGAGGCUGACGGUGCCGUAUCUCCCUAAGGGCUUCAACCAGAUAGACCUGGUGGCUGUCGCCGUCGUUCUCCUCAUGACCCUCGUCAUCUGCUACAGCACCAGGGAGAGCUCAGUGGUGAAUAUAAUAUUGACGGCGUUACACAUUGUGUUCAUAGCGUUCGUGAUAGUGAUGGGGUUUUGGAGAGGAAGCUGGAAGAAUUUCACGGAGCCGAGUGAGCCGGAGAAGUAUCCGUCAGGAUUCUUUCCGCACGGUGCUUCGGGUGUGUUCGUGGGGGCUUCAGCGGUUUACAUGAGUUACAUUGGAUACGACGCCGUAUCGACGAUGGCUGAAGAAGUGAAGGAACCAGUGAAGGACAUACCGAUCGGUGUGUCAGGGUCGGUGGCUAUUGUCACUGUUCUCUAUUGCCUCAUGGCAGCAUCCAUGUCCAAACUUCUCCCAUACGACUUGAUCGAUGCGGAAGCGCCGUUUUCGGCGGCGUUCAGUGGGAAAUGGGUGUCGCGGGUGAUAGGAGUGGGGGCCAGCUUCGGGAUCUUGACGUCGCUGUUAGUUGCAAUGCUUGGUCAGGCCCGUUACAUGUGCGUCAUCGGACGGUCUGGCGUGGUCCCCACUUGGUUCGCCAGGGUCCACCCUAAAACUAACACCCCUGUCAACGCCUCCGCUUUUCUUGGGAUAUUCACAGCGGCAAUAGCAGUUUUCACAGAGCUAGACGUGCUGCUGAACCUGGUUUCCAUAGGCACACUGUUUGUGUUCUACAUGGUGGCAAACGCAGUAAUCUACAGACGAUACGUGGCAAUUGGAACAACGAAUCCAUGGCCUACAAUGUCCUUCCUCUGCUCAUUUUCCAUGACAAGCAUAAUCUUCACUCUUAUAUGGAAGUUCGUACCAACAGGGAAUGCCAAAGCAGGGUUGCUAAGUGGGUGCGCUGUGAUUGCCGUUGGAAUUCUGCAAGUGUUUCAGUGCAUGGUCCCUCAAUCAAGGAAGCCAGAAUUCUGGGGUGUCCCACUCAUGCCAUGGAUUCCAUCCUUCUCAAUCUUCCUCAACGUUUUCUUGCUUGGUUCUCUUGAUGGCCCAUCCUAUCUUCGCUUCGCCUUCUUUUCUGCUCUUGCUGUACUUUUCUAUGUUUUUUACAGUGUCCAUGCCAGCUUUGAUGCUCAGGCCCAUGGAUCCCUUCUUCAAAAGAUCACUUAUGAUCAUCCUCAUGUGGAACCCAUGGAAUUUCAGGAUCUCACUUUCAAAGUCUAGAUCUAUAUCGAUUACAAUAGGAGAAAUGGGUGGGGCAGCUUGGCUAGUAGUAACUGGUAAGAAUUGUGUGCAAUUAUUUAUUAAUCAAGUAAUACUAGAAUAGAGGGGAAUAUUAGAAUAGGGUUCAACUUUUUGUAGAAGUGGCGAAUUGUAUAGUGAAAUUGGCGGCUUUCAGAUCCAUUCCUUACCAUUACCUGUUGUAAAUUCUCUAGCUUAUGAUUUAUGAGUAUAGAUAGAUUUCCAAUCCUUUGAUUAACAGCUCUAAGUUGAAAAACACAAAAUGAAGGUGAAAAGGACAGUGCUCAAUGAACCAAGUUAGGUGAUGUCUUGUUGUCUUUUUUUAUCUUUCCUCACUUUUGUAAGGUUGUGGUGCUAGAUUGACCCUUUAAACUUUUUUAUGUCAUUUUGGUGAUAAUGUAAUUUGGGAUGUAAAUGGCAUCUAAAUUAUGGCCAUUGGAAUGUUGGGGGGAGGACCACUAUCAUGCUUUGGCUAAAGCCUAAUGGGUAUAUUUUCAGGGGUGGAAAAAGUUAAUUAGUGUGACACAUUAAGUGUGCGUGAUGUCAUUCUGAAAAGAGGGAUUAUGCAAUGCUGUUCUCUAAUUAUUGGUAUUGGAGAUUUGGAGUGGAUUUAUUAAAACUUAGCAUAAACCUUGAAAAUUUAAUUAAAAGUGUGGAUAAAUACACGGAGGAUUAACAUGAUGUAAAUCGAUAAAGAAUGAUUGUGAAGUGUGUGAAGUCUCGUUCAUCCUCUUUUGUGUGGUCACAUCAUGUACGAUUUGGCAAGCAUU